AUGGGCUGGCUCUGGUCCUCGGAUUCGAAGCCUACCGAGGCGCCAACAUCGCAAAACAUCCCUCCCACAAACUCCACCGUACAGCCACCUCCCACACAACCAACACAACCGAAGCCGCAGUCCGCAGAGGAUGCCGAACUUCAAAAAUUCAUGGACUUUUUCAAAGCCGAAGAGGCCGCCGCAGCGUCUUCCUCGAGCCGCGCCGGCCCCCCGCACGAACCCAAGCCGUCGCCACUGCCCGAGUGGCUCGCCAAAAUGAUCACACCCAAGGACAGCCCGCUCUACAAGGAGGCCGACGCGCCGCGGCGGGAUCCCCUGUCCGAGUCGCUGCUGCCGACCGAGAUGUCUUGCCGGGAGCACUUUGACGCGGCCUGGGGCUGCAACCUGCUCGGCGGGCAGUGGAACGCCGUGUAUCGCGACGGCCGGAUGCGGACGUGCUCGGACAAGUGGGACGACUUUUGGUUCUGCAUGCGCCAUCGGGCGUCGUCGGGCCCGAUCAAGGAGGAGGCGAUUCGCACCCACUACCGCAACAAGGAGUACCAAAAAUACUACGCGCCCGGCAAGGCGAACAGCGAGGACGUGUGGGAGGCGCGCAGGGAAAAGAUGCCGCCGGGCACCGCGUUCACGGAGAAGAUCGAUCCGCCGAGCAUGGGGGACGAGGAGUGGCGUAUCAUGGAACUUGAACGCAGACAAAAGAUUCGCGACGAGCUGGGCUUUGACAAGUCGGAUAAAGUAUAA